AUGUGCUUUGUGUCGGGCUCCAUGUUCAUGGGAGACAUCAUUUGCCAAAAGAUUUUGCAUCCUGAGAAAUCAUGGAAUCGAAGACAGUCGGUCAAUCUGGGAAUCACCGGCUUUUUCGUCACCGGUCCGAUGAACCACGGCGUUUUUAUAUUACUGGAGAAGUUGUUUGGUGGAAUUUCACUCAAGGCGAUCGUCGCCAAGAUGCUUGGUAGCUGCGUUCUUGCUGCACCACAGAUGAGCAUCACGUUUGCAUCAGUCGUUGCCUUGAAUGGCGGUUCGUUCGAAGAUAUGAAAAAGAAGAUAAAGCAGGAUAUUCCAGCUACGUGGAUCGCAGGAAACGUGUUCUGGGUGCCAAUCAACUACAUCCAGUAUCGUUUUACUCCACUUUAUUAUCGAGCGACUUUAGGCGGUAUAUGUGGAGCAUUCUGGAACAUUUAUUUAGCAAAGCAAUCCGCUAAACCUGUUAACGAUAAUAAAUUACAGUAG